CAUCAUAUGUCUUGUAUUCCUGGCUGUCAUCUCAUGGCUUUCUGAAUUAAUGUUCUUUUAUAAUGUUAUGUCUGCAAACAAAUGGAAUGACGACAGUGUAGUAAACUGAAGGAUUUGAAGACUGCAUUUCUGACAGAUGACGCAACAACAAUUUGUUUAGAGAUUCUGGAGAAAGGAGAUCUUCAAGUUGCAGGGAAAGAAAGGGAGGCUCAAUUGUCACUUCAGUUUCGUGAUAUUGCCACCAUUGUCAUGGAAAACACCAUUAAUCCUGACACGAAACGCCCUUACUCGAUAACUAUGAUCGAACGUUUGAUGCAUGACAUCCAUUUUGCUGUUGAUCCUUAUAACAGUUCCAAAAAGCAGGCACUAGAUGUUAUUCACCGGCUUGUAAAGAAAUUUCCCAUCAAAAGAUCUCCAAUGAGACUUCGACUUACUGUUGGUGAGAAGAAUUUUUCCACUAUAUUGGAGAAGCUAGGCACUUGGAAUGGUGAGAUUGUGACUAUGGAUGAAUCUGGAACUCAAUUUUCAGUUGAUGACCAGAAGAUGGCAGCAAGGUUGGCUAACACAAUGUGCAAUUCACUUAAAGGAAGACCUGCCCUGGGUCGUAUUUUCCAAGGAAAGGAGCCACCUCAAUUUGUUGCUAUAUUUAGCCUAUGGUUGUGCUAAAGGUACUUGCAGGGAUCGAGUCGAUUGGAAUUAGAAAGUCAACACGGCCUUAAUUAAGGUUUGUAAUGCAUGAUCUAAAGGGAGCUAAGUGGCCGGAUUAGAGAAAUUUGUUAGACUAGCUCUCUAGCCUUUUGUCUUUAUUUGUUAAUAUUAGUGUUAAUUUGUUAGACUAGCUAGCUAGGUGUUUAAAAAUUGUAAACGUACGUACUAUACGCUUU